UUGGCAGUUAGCUCUCGAGCAGUGGCGAGUCCUCGUGAGUAACGAUCUUCUCACAAGUAUAGUGUGUCGAGUGCACCUGCGGAGCCAAUUCUAGGCGUAAACAAGUCUGCUGCUCGGGGUCAAGAUCAUCGACAGCAUCCGUGCACACGUCGGGCCGAGGAGCGACGUAGCGAGAUUGUCGACUGCAACGGCGACUAUAACGAGCGAGGUGUGCCUGCAGUUGUCGAGAUCCGCUGCUACUUGUACACACAUUUGCAACAUAUAGGGAAGCACGCUCGAUUCGAGCCGCAGCAGCAGCGCAGCAGUGACAAAGCGAGGAAAAAACACAACAUAUAUAUAGACAACUAUCGUGCACGCUCAUAUCGAGUCGCAAUACUCUAAAAAGUCGCCACUUCGAGUGCAGCCUUGUCUAUUCGUACAGAUGUACUGGCUUUUUGUAACUAAAAUAUUCAUUUCAACUGAGACAGUGUGUAAUGUUAGACUAGUCACUGCUUCAUAAGUGUAAAAAGAUUCAUAUCCGUGCAAUGCCGAGAUGUUUCAAUGAGAAUAAAUCGUUGAGGUUGGUGAACAAAAAACAGCAACAUAGUACUGAAGAUAUUCUUCUCUCUCACUCCAGGCAAUUUUCUAUUGGUGAUAGAGAACAACUGGAAGACAAACAAGUAGCAUCUUCAGUAGAAAGAUCUCACAGAAGAGUUCGCUGUGAUUUGAGUCCAGUCCCAACUAACACUAGUUCUAGUUUAAUUAAAUACAUUGGAAUCAAGGAUAAAGUAAAGCGCCAGGAUAAUUCAGCCAAACAAUCUUCUGGAAAUAGCAGUCUCAAAGAAGUGAAAAAAAAAGCAACUAUAGGAAACACAGUGAAGAGUAUACUUCCAUCUGGCCACAGCAGGCAGGACAGUAGGUAUGAAACAAGCAGACAACAACGACCAUCUUCUGGAAGUGUUGGUGGAGUUAAUCUAUCUGGAUUAUGUCCAAAGUUGGUCACAAAUUCAGGCAGUAGUCACCAAAUAGCCUCACCAGAAACCGCACCUGCAACAACAUCUUGCAACGUUAUUAUAUCUCAAAAAAACAUCGGUCACCGCCGAUCGCGUAAUUCAUCAGUCAGUAGUAGUGAUUCAAAUAUUCCGACUAGUCGAAAACCUCAUCGAUCGGAACACAAUUCACAGUCUCCACCCUCUACACCAGCGGUAGUCAAAAACGGUAUUUUGUCAGAUCCACAACAGCAGAAAAUCUCACAAGAAUCAAUUGAAAAAAGCGUAUCUAGCUUUGACAAUGAAAGUAGCAAUUUUAGAUAUGCUGAAGAAACGAUCGCUGCUGUGGUACAUUCAACACAAGUAUCUGACUCUAGAAUACCCAUUGCAGCGACUUGUAAAGGGUGUGCGAGAAAAAUAAGUGAAAGCGAAAGAGUUAUUGACAUUAUGAAUCCUCUUGGAAUCACUGGUAUGAGAAGAGAUAGCGAAGAUAGUCAUAGUAGUCGUACAUCGUCACUCGAUCACAGAGACGGUAAAAUGACGGCAAAAGAUUUAGUUAAAACUUGUGAUACUCCUGUUCUAGAUAACGAAUCAGCUUCGAAAAUUUUGACCGCUGAUUCAGACAAAUAUGAACGCAAAGUGUCCGAUUAUUCUAUAGCUAGUUUAGAUCCGAAAGAUAAUAAUGAUAUAAAAUCAGUUGAAGCAAAUGAUAAAAUUACAAAGCCAAACAAUGUGACAUUAGUGGCAUCGAAUCUCAUUGACCAACGGGAACGGACAAAUCAAAUUGAAGAAAAAAAAUCCAUGGAAAGCAAUGAAGAUAAAAAUGUUUCAAUUGACAAAAAUGUAAAAAUUAAUGAAUCAUCUGAUGUUCCUGUAAAAAAUUUGAGGUUUACAACGUCGAAUGUUAUGGUUCAAUCAUUGGAUUUAGACCAAGGGACCGAACUUCAAGAGACUUGCCAGACCAAUGAUGGUACUCUACCAACUGGAAUUUAUGACGUGGACGAUCACAGGGCCAGUAUAAGCGACAUUGUUGCAGCUCAGGCCUUGCAUGAGUCUUUGACAAAAUUAGGCAAAGUGCCACCUUUAACUCCAGAAAUUACAAUUACCGACGACGUGUCAAACGAUGAUGCCAAACUCGAGAAAGUCGGUCAAAAGACUGAUUCCUGUAUUAUGGAAGAGAAUUCAGAAGGAUUUAUUGGGCCACUGUUAGAUGAAAAUUUUAAAACUGAUGAAAAGUUGGCUCAAAAUCAAAUGGCGAUGGAAGAAGUUCGCAGUUUAUUAUUAAAAGUCAAAGAAGAAGUUAAGGAAAAAGAAGAGGAAGACGACGAAGGAAAAGCUGUAGGAAUUUCUCCUGAUGAAAGAUUUUUAAAAUUUGAAGAAGAAAUUGGUAGAGGUAGUUUCAAAACAGUUUUCAAAGGCUUGGAUACUCAAACUGGUGUCGCUGUAGCAUGGUGCGAAUUACAGGAGAAAAAACUAACUAAAAGUGAAAGAAUGCGUUUUCGCGAGGAAGCUGAAAUGCUAAAGGGUUUACA